GCCAUCUAAGGCCCCAAACACAGAUGGGUGUUGCUUCAAACCAGCUUGGUCUUGUCCAAUCACCUUCCCUGGAAGCUUGCUGAUGAAAGCUUUGCGACAGAAAGGAGAGAGGCCUGGCUGAGAGCUGGCUGCACCCACAGCCCAGGGGGCAGAUGAAAAGUGCUCUCACCUUGAGCUUCCAGCAGCCCUGCAGACCAGAUCCCCGUGCUCAGCCAUGAUGAGGCGAGGCUUCCAAGCGGCAGCCACACUCAGCCGCCUCAGAGCCCUUCCUGGUGCACCCCGCAUCCUGCCCAUACUCAACCCCACCGCGGCCUUCGGAUCCUCCAUUGACUCCCGGAUCUCAAGAUUCUGCCCAGAGAAGACAGACUUUAAGGAUUAUGCCCUUCCCAAUGCCAGCUGGUGUCCCGACAUGCUGAGCCUGUACCAGGAAUUUCUGGAGAAGACCAAGACCGACGGCUGGAUCAAACUGCCCUCCUUCGCGUCCAACAGAGAACACAUCCAGGGGCUCAAACUCCCAACCGGAUUAGCAGUUACCUCGGACAACAGUGACUGCCGCAUCAUCACCAGGAGCCUCCAAGUGGAAGGGCAAGGCUACGAACAUGCCAUCUUUUUUAACCCAUCUGAGAAGAAGUCCGUCUGUCUUUUCCAACCAGGCCCCUACUUGGAGGGGGCCCCAGGGUUUGCCCACGGAGGGUCCCUGGCAACCAUGAUGGAUGAGACCUUUUCUAAAACUGCCUACCUGGCUGGAGAGGGGCUGUUCACACUAAGCCUCAGCAUCAGGUUCAAAAACUUGAUCCCCGUGGGCUCACUGGGUGUGGACAAGAUUGAGGACCAGAAGCUUUACAUGUCCUGCAUCACCCAGACCAGAGACCAGAAGACAGUCUAUGCCAAGUCCUCAGGUGUUUUCCUUCAGCUGCAGCUGGAACAGGAGUAACAGGAGAGCCUACCUCUGACUGUUCUGCCUGCUUGGGACCCCCCCACGGGGCAGGGAGGGCUCCCCAUGGAAUCCACUGAUGAGGUGAAGGAGGGGGCACUUUCCUCUGAGCAAAUAAAGUCUCUCGGCCCCA